AUGCCACUCAUUCAUUUUGGCUACUCUUUUCAAUCAAUAUUUUUUCUAUUGCCUUCCUUUCUUUCUAUCCCAAUUAAAUUUCUUUCGCUCAUUAAUAUUUUCUCAAUUCUCCAUGUUACAUUAUUUUCUUCCUUCUUUUCUUUCUUACAUUCAUCGUUAUCUUUUGUUUUUUCUUUGCUCUUUUUUUUCUCUCCUCUCUCUCUCUCUCUCUCUCUCUCUCUCUCUCUCUCUCUCUCUCUGUACUCCUUCUCCUCGAUUCGUUUAUGUUUAACGACGGUCUUGCGGAUUUUGUUUAUUCCUUGUAUUUCUUACAGCCAUUAUUCAAACCUCCACAAUUCCCGGUCAUCAUAUCAUGUCAUAUCUAUCUAUCUAUCUAUCUAUCUAUCUAUCUAUCUAUCUAUCUAUCUAUCCCAACUUCCAAUGAUGAACCUGAGCUCUUACUCCGAUCCCCACAGCAACCGACACACGUCGUUCUUUAUCGAAGACAUCUUACUAAACAAGCCGAAAAGGCUUCAAGUACGAGAUUACCAAGGCCUCAACCUGGGUCGAUCACCAUUCCCAGAAUACAGUGCGGCGGCCGCAGCAGCUGCGGCCGCGGCUUACCCCUAUUCCAUGCAACAUGCUGCCGCAGCCGCCGCUGCCCUCUACCCACAUCAGGUCCUUGCAGCCCAAAACCAACUUUAUAUACCGAGGGCCUCAGCGGAGCAGAAUUUUCUGGUUCCUACUACAGAACAACCUAAAUAUCAAUCACUGGAAAAUCAUUCUUUUUCUUUCUUUCUUUCUUUCUUUCUUUCUUUCUUUCUUUCUUUCUUUUCUUCAUUCAUUCAUUCAUUCAUCCAUUUUUCUCCUUCCUUUUUCUCUCUUGUUUUUGCUUUCUUUUUCUCUUUUUCGUUCUUUUUUCUGUUUCUUUUUCUCUAUCUCUUUCUUUUCAUUCUUUCUUUCUUUCCUUCUUUCUUUCCAUCUCUUUUCCUCGAUUUCUCACCUCACUCUCUCUUUAUGUUUAUGAACUUUCUUUAUUUUUUCUCUCUGCACCUCCCCUCCUCUAUUAAUUUCAUCCCAACCCUUCAUAGGCUACUUAAGUAA